AUGCUUGGAGACCUGGUCAAUCUAUCGUUAUACAACACCUCAUUGUUACUGCAAUCUAUUCCAGGGCUGUUCAUAUCGUUGAGCGGGCUGAUUCUUGCAGGCUCGGCACUUAUAGAUGCUACUAAUGAUGCUCGUUUGGCAGACGUUCCAAUCAUUCUUGAAACAAACUGCAUUUUGUCAUUCAAAGGAAACAUAGAGGUCAUAUUUGCAAUGUACCUCUCAUCUAUGAGUCAUUCGCCACUGUUUAUAUAUAAGAAUUACUUCAUAUAUGUCUUUGAUAACUCCAACCUAGUCUUAGCACAAUCCGCCAUAAUAGGGCUUACAAUAGGACUGGUAGGCAUAAUAGGGACUACUUUGUCUGGGGAACUACACACAGGUCUGGGGCUAGCCAUAGUUACUGGAUCGCUUGUGUCAUGUAUAUUAACUACAAUCUUGUUCAUAAUUCUUCUUGUAAUAUCUAUAGAGGUGUCUAAGAUUCUAGGUAUCAACCCAGAUAACAUUAUUCUUCCAACCAUAUCGUCCUUUGGCGAUUACAUGAAUGUAAGAUCAUUGAUAUACUUUACAAAAAAGUUCAAAGAUGCUUCAAUACCAUCAUCCCUCAUCUGCAUCUUCUUGUCCAUCUCUAUUAUUCCUCUAUGUCUCUACUUUGGAUUGGCCAGUAAAAAGCGGAUCCCUGUUCAGCCUGUGGAGGUCUUAACCAUGACUUAUUUGAUCAGCACAGCUACUGGAUACGUUCUUGAGGAUUUUUCUGCCAGGUUUCCAAUUCUUGCACCGUCAUUCCCUGUAUUUAGUGGUAUGUCUGUAUCAAUAGCAUUCAUCUACCUCCAUAAGAUAUUCACAUCAAUUAAUAACCAAACAAUUCAUAAUAGCAAAGAGUCUUACAUAACACUGGUAUUCAUUUCUGUAUUGAUGUCACUAACAUACCUUGUAAUAGCUAUAUUAAUGGGGCUUCAAUACUCCCAUGAGUUCUGUAUACUGUUCAUGAUAUUUUUCGUCUUUCACGUUACAAUCUUGCUAAGAGGUAUCUCCAUUCUUGUCGAGUACUUAGACAAAAAGGAAGAGGAUACGGGCGUUAUGGCUCUUCCGCUUAUUGCAUCGAUUUCAGAUGUUCUUUCCGCUGGGUUUCUUCUAGUUAUAGUUGUCUUUCUAGAUAUAUUUGGUAUAAAACAUAACUUUUAG